UAGUGGAGCAGAGACAUCGUGUUUUUCGCCCCAUGUUGACGACGUGUUAAACGUGAGCCGUACGCGUUGCUAGCUUAUUCCUUAGUGUAUGUGUGCGUGUGUGUUUGGAAGUAUUACAGUACAAAUUUUGGCGAAAAUCGAUCAGCACCGAUACAGAACAACUGUGCAGACAAAAUGGGCAAUCCCAACGCUGGACCGUGCGGUAUGCGCUUGGCCCUAGGCGAAGCAGCCCUUCGCGGACAGCUAGGGCUGUGCAUUUUCUGCCGUGACGUCGUUAUCUUCGAGUGCAUGAUGUGCGUUCAAUAUAAUGGACUUUUAAGGCGUAUAUGCCCGUACGACGUGUUGCAUGACGGGAAAAUGAUGAGCCAAGCAGCUGAAGAGAGUGAUACCGGUAACGGUGUACCAUCGUCACCGAUAGCCAGAAGAGUGCCCGAGUCCAGCGCAACCCCUUGGCGUCCGAUGACGUUCCCGGACUUGUGUGGGUUUCCCGCCGCACAGCAGCUGUACGGUUUGCCGGUUCCGAUCGAUUUGAGCUUCCUACGCUCACCUGUCAGCGGUGAUGAGGAGGCAUCGGGACAGCCGCAGCAGCAGCAGCAAGCCGACUUACCGUCCCAGGUAAUUACACCACGGGCAGACGAGCUGGCGGAAGCCGAUGCCAGUGGUGCUCCAGUGGCUCCAAUCAGAAAGAAAUCGGCUGUGCUGGUCCCGAGAGCUAGUGGGCCCGUAGCGGUAGUGGAACCGUAUAAACAAGAGACCUGGUCUGAUGAUGAAGCGAAUGAACAAGACUCGUCGGAAUCGGACGACUGUAUGAUUCCCGCAAGUCCAACUGCUGAUAGCGCACCGAUAUUUUUGCAACAGGAAAAUGAGGAAGCGAAUAUGACAGCAUUCAAUUGUGCUGCAUCGAUUGCUAAUCCGUGCUGGCCGCCGCUGCACGAGCAUACGGACCAGCCCGACCAGCAACCAUCCGUUGAUGCUGCAAUGACAGUUAAACCAAUCGGUAGAGCGGGCUCGUACGGUUCACUGUACGCGGUUUGGUACGAUCAGCUGGGAAGCCACGAUAUCAUGGAGCGUAUCCCUGAUUGUGUCUUAUUUGACCCAGAGCUGCCACCGGAUCACCAGGAACCUCCACCGAUACUUACAUCGCUUUUGCUGCAUCACAGAUUGUCGACUGGCGAGCUGGUGACGGUUCCGUAUGGCCCGAGGCAGAUGCCUGAUCAUUCGAAUGAAUAGGAUGUACCCACGGAAACGGUGCAGCUAUUGGUAAACCAAACCUACCCUUGUUUGUACCCGUAUUGGAAAAAGUGGACCGAAUUUGAGAAUUAAUUUCAAUUUAAAACAAUGUAUUUUGAUAAAAAAAUACAUUUCAACGUUAAAUUCUUUGUAUAAGUAUGUACUGGUAUUUGAAGUAAAUAAAGAAAACCAUAUUUUUUGAAGAGCGCAUACCGCAU